CCGCACGUCGGCGCGCAACAAAAGCUUGGCGAUUCUCGUCGGGUUUUGUUCUUUUGGUGGCGGCAACGAUGAACGAAGCUCGGCAUCGCCAGAGCGGGGACGAACUUCAUGAAUUUCUCUCGGGUUCGAGAGACGAGAAGAGGCACCAAAGAAAAAAGGUGGGAUGCCACGAGAAGAUUGGACCGAAGGCGCAGCUACUUUCGAGCGCAUUCUUGUUUGCGUUCCUCGUUUUGCUGUUUCUAGGUACGUUCUUCAACAGAAAGAUCGUUCUGGACACUCCAUUGCCGAGGCACGGGGCGCACAAGAAGCUCAUCUCGUCGGAAGAUGAGCAGCGCACGAAGCUUGUGCCGAGCAGCGACAAACAAGUGCUCAAAUUCCUCCAAGGGUCUCCGGAGAUUGAUUCGAUCAAGUUGCAGAACAACGGGUUCUUGAGGAUCGGGCUGGUGAAUUUUCCAAAGCCGGAUGUUGCAAAGUGGAAGGCUCUUGGCGGAGGCCGAAAGCCGGUACUUUUUAGCAUCGACAAAAAGAGAGAUUUUUCCUGGUCGGCUUUUUUCCCCGAGGCCAUCGACAGAGACGAAGAAGUCCAGAACAGAGAGUGCCCGGACAUGCCACUGCCAUCGGUUCCAGAAGAUCUCAAGCUCGACUUUGUUGUGGCGAGAAUACCGUGUGGCGAAUCCAACUUCAGAGACAUCGACCGCUUGCAGGCUGCGGUUUCUGCUGCUCAUAUUUCUCUCAAAACUGGCGCCUCACACAUCAUUGGAGUAAGCGAUUGUAUGCUUGAUCCAAACGUUUUUAAGUGCAAGGAGCUUGUCCGGCAAGAGAAAGGUGUUGGGCUUUACAAACUCGAUCUGGAAAGGAUUGGAAAGCUAAUGAGCUUACCAGUUGGCUCUUGCAAGACUGUUCAAGUUCCAACGCUGACAAGUGAGCAUACUGUUUCUCGAGAAGCUUAUGCGACCAUCCUCCAUUCCGUCAAGUCUUACGUCUGUGGAGCGGUGCUUCUCGCUCACAGCAUCCGAAAGAGUGGCUCGACUCGAGAUUUAAUUCUGGUUAUAGACCAACACAUAAAUCUCGAAGACAGGCAGGGGUUAGAAGCUGCUGGCUGGAAAAUCCAUCACAUUGAAAGGAUCAGGAACCCGAGAGCUCGUCCAGACGCUUACAACGAGUGGAACUACAGCAAGUUCCGGCUAUGGCAGCUGACGCAGUAUGACAAAGUCGUGUUCAUAGACGCGGACGUGGUGGUGACGAGAAACAUGGACUUCCUCUUCGACUUACCGGAGCUGUCCGCGGCCCGCAACCACAAGAGCGUUUUCAACUCCGGAGUGAUGGUGAUAGAGCCGUCCAACUGCACUUUCAACUUGUUGGUGGACGGGAUCUCUCGGAUCAAGUCGUACAACGGCGGGGACCAAGGCUACCUGAACGAGAUCUUUACGUGGUGGCACAGGCUUCCCAGGAGCAUGAACUUUCUCAAGCACUUUGACGACGAUGCCGAAGAGAACGAGUACAAGAUGGAGCUCUUUGCCGCCGAACCUCCGGUGCUGUACGCUGUGCAUUUCCUGGGAAGAAAGCCGUGGCUCUGCGGGAGGGGCCCCGACUGUAACGCGAAGAUCUCGUCACAGAGGAUGUUUUCCAACGAUUUCGUGCACUCCAAGUGGUGGAGCUGGCAUGAUGAAAUGCCGGUGGAGCUACAGCGGCUGUGCCGGAUCAAUCCAAAGAGAAGAUUGUCUCCACCGACUGUUCGUCAGGCACAAGCAUCCAGCGAAAAGAGAAGAUCAAGUUUCUCGAGAUUUAAAAGGAAAACGCACCCGGUUACACAGUGAAGGUUCUUCCCUUUUAAAUCCCUUUUUCUCCUCUCUCGCUCCAAUUCAAUUUUCGGAGCUCUAGAACAGUAGGAUCAUCACCAAGAGGGGUAAAACGUCCCUCUCUGUUUUUGACUCUAUGUAUUCUUUCUUUUUCCC